AUGGCGUGUUCGAGCUCAUCUACGGCUGCCAGUAGCGAAGUAGAGAAGAAAGAACAGAGGCUUAUUGAUGCCAUGUUUCUCUGUGACGAGUGGAAAUCUUCGAAAGGUGGAUUAUCAACUUUCAAUCGUGAGUUAGCUAUUAAUUUGGCAGAGACAACGAGUGGUAGCAUGAGAAUCCACUGCUACGUCUCGAGAAGCGAUGAUCAGGACAGAGAAGAUGCUGAACAACAUGGAGUGAAUUUGAUCACCGCUCAGACUGUUCCUGGAUCACGAGAUCCCCUGGAUUGGUUGAAAAUUCCACCUCCAGAGCUUCCGAAUCCGCAUAUUGUGAUUGGUCAUGGCAGAAAACUAGGAACUCCAGCAUGCCAUAUUGUACGAGCUGCAAGAUGUACAUGGAUUCAGUUCGUCCACGUCUUCUGCGAGGAUCUUGGAAAGUUUAAAGAAACUACUGCCACGGCUGUUACAGAUACGAUCGAGGAGAACGAGGAGAAGCACAAGAUGGAAAUUGAGUUGUGUAAAGCAGCGGAUGCAGUUGUCGCUGUCGGCUCACGUCUUCAACGGAAGUACAGCAGAAGUCUACCAAAUGUGAAAGUGGAGAUCAUCACCCCCGGAAUUAUUGAAAAGUUUUGCAACGAAUCGGUAGAAUCAGGAGAACAUGCUGGUUUAUUAUCGAGUGUGUUGCAUGCCUUCACGUCUUACAUGUUCAUGAAGACAUUCAACGUCUUCAUGUUCGGCCGAGCAACCUUUGAAGACCUUACGUUAAAGGGUUAUGAUAUAGUAGCAAAUGCCAUAGGUUCCCUUGGAGAGGAAUUUGAGCUCACAUUUGUGGGCUCUUCUCCUGGUGAGCACCGUAACAUAGAGCAAUGGUUUCUCCAGAACACAUGCAUCAAACGCAAGCAGAUAACGAUUCGUGGUUAUUGCACCGAACAGGAUGAACUGAAAGGAAUGUUUCACCAAUCAGACCUGGUUGCUCUUCCUUCACGUACUGAAGGAUUUGGAUUAGUUGGCCUUGAGGCCGUUUCUGCUGGUGUUCCAGUUCUUGUCUCAGGUGAAUCUGGCAUAGCUGAGGCUUUGCAAAAAGUAGAAGGUGGAAAAAAAGUCAUUGUUGGAUUAGAUGAAAGUAAAGAUGCAUGGGCACGAAGGAUCAGAGAGAUGUAUGAAGAAAGCGCGGAAGAGAGAGAAGCCAAUGCUGUGAAGCUUCGUGAGAACUACAGGAAGGUUUACUCUUGGAAAGCAGAAUGUGAGAAGUUUAAAGGGCUGAUUGAGACAGUAGUGGAAAAUGAUCAAAAAUUAAACAUCAAGGUUGACGUGGAACACAUGAAACUUGCAGAUCAUGACGCUUACAGUACAGCUUCAGUAUCAGCACUGGAGCCAGCAGGAUAUCAGAAGGCAUCCACAGCUUCAGGCACAAAGAGAAAAAGACAAUCUGAUACAGAUUUAGACAAUCUCCAACCACUUGAAAAGAAAGUCCUGUGCUUAAUUGCAAUGAAUUACCUUGAUACUACACCGCCACAGAGCAGGGAUGAACGCAGUGAGUUUCAGAAAUACUUGCAAGAAAUGAAGGUCCUCAUUACAGGUGUUUCUGUAGGAAGUUUAGUAAUAACAGUAAAGUUUGAUUUUCUCAAGAGCUUGGAGAAAUUAUGGGAACAUUACUCAUGUAGCCACCUGGAUAAGAUGGUUCAAGAUUGUUUUGUGACUGAAAAGAUUUUGAAGGAACUGAACCUGGCAGAACUGAAGCUGAAAACAACAAUGGAAGUAGAAGAGUACAAAGCAUACAAACUGUACUUUCUUGGGAAGGAUGCACUCAGAGGUGUUUUAUCUUCUGGAUUCCACUCCACAAGUUCAACUAGCCAAAGUCCACAAAAACAAGAAGAGCUGAAAAAACAGAAACAGAAGACAAAGAAUGUUGAGACAGAGAAAGUGAAAGGUUCUUCACCUCCCCCUCUUCUCUCCACCACUGAUCUUGAAGAAAAGAUAGGAAAAGUAUGUAAGGACAUUAAGAUGCUGAGAAUGGAAGAUAGUUUUCCUGUCCUUAAAUUUUCAUCCAUUGAUCUUGAGAAAAAACUAGCUGAACUAAGCAUGAAGCUUCAGAGGCUCAGAAUGGAAGGUACUCUGCCUCCCCCUGAACUCUUUACUGCUGAUCUUGAAGAAGAACUAAAACAACUACGUAUGGAACUUAUCAGGCAAAGAAUGAAAGGUGAUUCACCUCCCCCUGUUUCCACUGCUGAAGUAGAACUACAGGAACUACUCGAGAAACUUCAGAAAGGGAGGAUGGAAGCAUUAGAGAACGCCAUGUAUCCGACCAUUAGAUCAGGACUGGCGAAGUUUGAUGUCAGUUUACCCGAGGAACUCCGGAGCUAUGUCGGCUACUUGUUUAAAGAGUCAGCCAAACUUGGCUUACGCAGGCAAGUACUCCAAUCACCUCGUGCCUUGGAGGAAUUACGAGAAGCAAUGGAUAAAGACGAAUUGAAGUCAUUCCUUAUUAUUCACAUCAGAGAAGGUGCAUCGCAAGUCGUGCUGCUGUUUUUGAAUGAGCUACCGACAUGUAAACUACCGCUGGAAUGGUAUCCUGGAGUGAGGAGUCAUGAGGUGUGGGACGAGGACGAGGACGAGGACGAGGACGAGGACGAGGACGAGGAGAUUCGUAUACCGUUGUACAGUUCGACGUCAGGCAUAUUGAAGGCGUGGCUAACAGAGUACGACCCUGGUUUGGUAACACUGUGUAAAGUGAUCAUCAAGGGGGACUGGAAAGUAACCAGAUUAACCCUCUCCAGCAGUCGGAUAUCUGAUGAAGGUUUCAAGAACUUGAGCACCGCGCUUACUCAGAGUGAACUAUACAGCUUGACACUGUAUGGCAUUGGUUUACAAAGUCAAGGAUUAGAACACCUGUGUGAAGCGCUGAUUAGUAGUAACUGCCAUUUAAACUGCUUAAACGUCAGUUACAACAGGUUAGGAGACGAAGGAAUCAUGCGCUUGUGUAACGCGCUAACCAGCGUUAACUGUAGAUUAACAAGCUUAAACGUCAGUUGGAGUGGGUUGGGCGACAAAGGAAUCGUGUUCCUGUGUAACGCACUAACCAGCGUUAACUGUACAUUAACCAGCUUAAACGUCAGUGGCAAUAGGUUAGGAGACAAAGGAAUCAUGCACUUGUGUAACGCGCUAACCAGCGUUUACUGCAGAUUAACAAGCUUAAACGUCAGUAACAUUCAGUUGGGAGACAACGGAUUCAAACACUUGUGUGAUGCACUUAUCAGCAGUAACUGUGUGUUAACCAAAUUGAAAGUCGAUCGUAAUGGAUUAGGAGAUGAAGGAUUAAAGGAAUUGUCUGAAGUUUUAACAAACAGAUUCUGUUCAAUAAGAAGCUUAGAAAUAUGCAACAACGAAUUUGGAGAUGAAGGAAUCAUGCAUUUGUGUAAGGCCUUGACUGAUACCAAAUGCAAACUAAGGAGCUUAGACUUCCACGGAAAUUGGAAUGUAACAGAUGAAGGCGAAGAGUAUUUGUCUCAAAUGUUAACUGGUACUGAUUGGGAAAUUAGAGGAGCUCUACGACUUUCCCGUUGAACUACAAAAUGGACCAAGUCAGGGCACAGAGCCCUGACAGGUUCCUUCUGUUACGUUUCGCUUGUCAUGAAAUAAAUUCCAUCUAUGUAAAUGACAACUUAACGAUUAUUGUUCAAGCUGAUUAAUUAGAUAACUGACUUUCUAGUCACUAUCACUUGUUAAACAGAGUAUUAAAAAUAACCAGCAGUGAGGCAGUCGAAACAUCGCGAUCAAGAAUUGAGAAAUGACUCGGUAUCAUGACACAAACGAUUGUUAAACGUUCAUUAUUCCAUGGACGAAUUUCUCUGUGUUACCAAGGAGACUAUAAAUGCAACUGCAAUUUCGUAUGACGGAGAUGUUGGCAAUAAUGUUAUAACUUUUGUAACAAAAAGUUUUAACUAUAGGCAAUUGAUUAUAGUGGUGAUUUAGCCGUAAUAAGAUUCCACAAAUAUUGAAUCAUAUUUUGAUAAUGUAGUUAAUGAAUAUCGUUGUCUUCUAAAAGAAAACUUUUAAAAAGUCUACAUGAACUUGUGACGUGUAAAUAAAGUAACAACAUAUUUUCUCAAU